AUCCAACUGCAUUACCAAACCAAAAACCCAUGGAAUGGCGGUACCUUCCAUCCUCCGCCGAGUCUUCGUCCGGUCACAGCCAUUCACCGCCACAUACGGCGGCACAAGAACCUUAAUUUCAGGCGUUUGCGAGUGGAGAUCUCACUACGGUACCUCCAGCGCCGCCGCCGAAGACUAUGAGACCGAAGGCCAGAAUGAGAAAAAGAAAGGUGAAUGGUUCACUUUACCACCUUUCACUUCCACCAUCGACGGUGAUGCGCUUGGAAAAGAUCUCUCUGGACGGCGUUCUACAACGAAAAGUGAAACCACCACUGGCGGUGGAACCACCUCCACGACGGCGCUCAAAUGGGUACUACGAUCUUGCCCGAAACUUCCGAGGUCUCUUGCACAGAAGCUCUUUCGGUUGAGACAGGUCUGAAGAGAGUCCUCAAACCUAGCAAGUUCUAAUGUGGUUAUUCAUCUUCAAGAAUGGCGACUCAAGAGGGUGGCAGCAAAGGACUUGAUGAACCUUGGAGAUCGAAUAUACCUUCCUAAUACUGUUCAAGAGUUGCCUUCUGAGAAACCUGAGUGUAUUUGCAAUGAAGAAGAAAUGAAGUUUCUCCAAAGCCUUGAGUUGUAUAAGGAUCCAGCCAUCAUUGUUUUCAAUAAGCCCCCCUGGUGUGUCUGUUCAGGUUAACUAUCCGUCCUUCACACAUCGAUUUCCAUUUGAACUUCCAAGCUGUAGCUAUUGGGUUUCUUAUUCUGGCUGAUGGAACUUUGGACUGGGUGGUGUUGGUAUAAAAAGAAGUUUAGAUGAACUGGCUGCGGCUUAUUUGAGAUAUGACAAUCCAGAACAACCAAGGCUGGUACACAGACUUGAUAGAGAUAGUAGUGGUAUCCUGGUGAUGGGGAGGACACAAUUAAGUGCCACUGUUCGGCAUUCCAUCUUCCGUGAGAAAACUUUUGGAGCUUCAAAUGAUGAUUGUGAAAGUAAAAGAAGGAUCUUGCAAAGGAGGUAUUGGGCACUUGUCAUUGGAUCUCCCAGAUGUUCAGCAGGAUUAAUCUCAGUGCCACUGGGAAAGGUAGUGUUGGAUAAUAGAAAAUCAGAAAGAAUUACAGUCGUCGGCAAUAACCAAACAAUGUCAUCUCAGCAUGCCAUAACAGAAUAUCAGGUUAUACAUGGUUAGAGCUACCACCUCUCACUGGUAGAAAGCACCAGCUCCGUGUGCACUGUGCUGAGGUAUUGGGAACGCCAAUUGUUGGAGACUACAAGUAUGGGUGGCAAUCUCAUAGGAACUGGAAACAUCUGCCCUCCUCUAAGCUUGAAAGUAACAU